AUGUCGGUUAUUUUCGAAGCAAUGAACUCUUUCAGUAGGAUUCUAGAAUCUAUGAAUGCUGAAUAUUUAUCCUACACUCCAGAGCAAUUGAAGGAAAUGUCGGUCUUCCAAAGAUUAAGCGUCUACAAUUUUACAUUUGAAUUCUUUUGUAUUAGCAUCAUCGUUCUAAUUUUUGUAUUUUAUCAAGUUGGUAUCAGUAUCAAUAAGGGAAAAGCUGAUAAGUUAUUUAAAGAAUUCAAUAACUAUUUUGGUCAUGAUUUGAAAUUCUCUCGUGUUGCAUUCAGUGACAAAGAUAACAAGGAAUUACCAUACGCUGAGCAAGAAAAAAGUUCUUGGUUCACUUCUUUCGCCACUGGUAGAUCGUCUAUUGAAAGUAUUACCCUAAGAGCCCAUUUAUACCCCCGCAAUAAUCCUAUCUCUUUGGGCUUUGAAUUAGUGUUAGGCUACUUCUUCCCAUCUUUGAAAAUUAAGGAUUUGGAAGAAUUCGCUGAAUUCACAAUCAAACCGAAUGGUAUUUUCGUCAGUACUGAAACUAGUGAAGCAAAUGGUAACGCAAAAGAAAUUCUAAAAAAUUUCAAGUUUGUUACUGCCAUAGUUAAUAAAAGUGCAAUGAAUGAAUCCCGUCGUGACAAUUUCUUCUUAUCCGUUACACACACUAGUGAAAGUGACAAGUUACCUGCAAAUUACGUGUAUAUGUCUGAAGUCAACCAAUUCAAUGGCAUCUAUGAAAACUAUGUUCCAACUAUUUUAAAUAAGGAUCUUUUAUUGAAACUUUCCCACAUUUUGAAAUUCGUUAGUUUUACCGAUUUACCAUCUGAAAAACCAUUCUCUCAAGCUGAAUGGGAAGCCAACCAACAACCAAAAGCCGUCAUCCGUGUCUCUUUCCCAACCUCCACCACUGAUAUUGAAAACAUCAAGGUUCUGAUUGGUGCUGUUGUUGAAAUCUUUGACAAAGCCACUAACAAUUUAGUCAACAACAAAGGUACUCAAUUCAUCAAACCAGACAUGUUAAACAAAUCCUUAAAAUUACGUUCUCAACAUUUGGAUAGCAUCAACAAAGCUAUCGAACAAGCCAAAAAAGAACUUGCUGCUGAAAAGAAAUACGAAGCAGACAAGGAAAUGAGACGCCAAAAGAAGAAAUCUGGAGAAUUGUUGGAAUAUGACAAGAAAAUGGCAGAAAAGAGGGCCAGGCGUGCCAAGAACAAGCAAAAACAAAGAAUGCAAUAG